UUUUUUCCGUUUUUAAUUGAUUGAUUUAUACGGUGAAAAACUGCCACGGCUCUUUGACCCGACCAAUAUUUCGCGCAUUCUGAUCUCCCGGACGUCUCCCAGACAACGAGAGUACCGAUGACGGCACAACAAUCAAUGACACAUUCGCCGAGAACGAAACGUCGCCGUAACAAUGUCGUUCAUCGAGCAGCCCUACCUCGGACGAGAGAUCGCGGUACCGGCCAAGUUGCCGAUGAUCUUGAAGCAGUUUUGCAAGGCCGCGAUCCGCACGCAGCCCUACGAUCUGCUCAAGUGGUCCGGCUCGUAUUUCCGCGCGUUGGCCGACGGUGAGGAGCCGCCGGCCAAGUCGCGACUCGAGUACCCGCCACCGAGCACGGCCUCCGGCUUGACCCUAGGCUUUCUCCGAGUACUGCUUCGACAGUUUGGAAAUUACAACAAGACGUUGCCGAUCGAAACGAUUUCGCGUCGUUGGGACUGCCUCUGCUUGGACCGCAAGGACUUUGACACGAUCGCGACCAUCGGAAGGUUUCGUCGUACCUGUCGGAUCAAGAAGUUCCUGGCUGUCGCGGUAGGCCUCCUUGGCGCCAAUCUUACUGAAACGAUGAUCAUGAUUUGUCAGUUAUUCACUCAUGAACCGGACGGUGGAUCUGCAAUGAUCCCACUUACGUUAUUUACGGAGUUAUACGAAUACUUGGCAGGACUCGCGUGCGAUGGGAAGAGUAGGUGCGAUCACGAUACAACCGAACAUACCGCGCCCAAAGGCAGCUCCAUGGAUCGCAUCUGUUCCAUAAAUAGCCAGGAUACCGACGCAGACAUUAACUUGAAUUUAGAACAAAUACCAAAGGAUGAUGUCGAAUCCUCAAAGACCGAUUUGUCGACAGAGGUGGUAGAAAGUACUUUGCUCGAAGGAGAAAAUAUUCAUCGCGAGGAAAAGGAGGAGUCUUCGACCAGUCAAAGAGACGCUUCGAUCAGCAAGGACUGCGCGAAUGAAGAUUACACGAUCGAUGAGAGAUUUUGCGGAGCGAAGGAUACAAAUAGCAAUGAAAGUGCAUUUUCUGCAGCGGAACAGGAUACAAAUAUCUAUCCGAAUGUGCCAGGCAUAGGACCUCGCGUGCCAGCCAAGCGAGUUGCGAGCGUAGCGUCCUGGAUGUUGGAGUGCGCGAAGCUCCAAGAGGGCAUGAUAGGGCCGCGAAACAUUCGACACACGAAUUGUCCAUCUCUACACGAGCGAUUGACGUCGGAGCGCCGAUAACGUUAUUUCGUUAUUUCACGAUACAGAUACAUAGAAUGCAACUGCGAAGCGUAAAAGAAUUGUACAUAAUUCAUUGAAUUACGUCUUCGACUCUCGGACAUUUAUCACUUAGGCAGUCUUGACAUUCCAUUUAUAGACAAACGUUUUUAUUAAAAUGUAGUUACAAAAA